GCUAAUUUGAAUUCUAUGAAUAAUAAUGAAGUACAAGUCGAAGAGGGGUUCCCACCAACAUCAUAUGCGCUAGUUAACUCAGAAUUCUAUGUCAUUUACACCCGCCCUAUAAAAAGGGGUUAAAAGAUGCUAAUUUCUUCCACCCCUGAAUGGGUUUAUAAGACCCAUCCAACCUCAUUUGAAUUAGGCCUACUAUUCUUUGAAUGCAUUGCGUGAUCCGCAUGCCUGGCACCAGGAAAGGAACGCAUACUCUCUUCGACUUGUACUUCAUUAUUAUUCAUACAAUUCAAAAUAUAAUAUUUUAUAUUCACAUAUUUUUUUAAAUAUUUUCCCUGAUAUUGGGCAAAACCCGUCCACGCGUGGUAUAUGAUGAUCAAAAGGAACAAAACCCCCUUCGACUUUGUGCACACCAGUCAUUUUAUUAAGACAACAAUGAUGGAAUGAAUGAUAAAACUCCAGAAAAGGAGCAGUAUACGUGGUUCAAAGUCCCAAGCUGGUGAUAAGCUGGAGUUGUAAACAAGCACAAAAUGCAGACUAGAUCACGUGAGCGCACAAUAAAGCACGUGAUUUGCCUCUGUGUGGUCGACUUAACAGGAAAAAAAACAGGAGUUUACGCCCCCAGUUUAUUUUUAGUGCCACUGCUGUAGGGAGUUGUUUUCGAAAAGUGUCUUUAUUUUGAAUUAAAAACAGAGUUAGCAAUGAUGGAAAUCUCCGGGUUUCAGGUUUUAGUUGUUUGUGUUUGUCUUGUUGCGAGGAUUGAUGGUCAGGUGAAGCCACAGCCGGAACAAGUUCAUCUUUCUGCCACAGGCAAUGUGACAGAAAUGAUUGUCACCUGGAGUACUUUUGAAGACACUCCGUCAAUGGUCCAGUUUGGGAUGACAAAACCUGAUCAGAACGCCACAGGAUCCAGCACUAAGUUUAUCGACGGUGGGUCUUUGAAAAGUGCACAGUUCAUCCAUCGAGUCAAACUGACGGGCGUGACACCGGGUACAAAGUAUGUCUAUCGUUGUGGGAGUGACGAAGGCUGGAGUCCGCUAUUUUUCUUCAGUGCGCUCCAGGACGGGACUGACUGGACCCCUCGCCUCGCCCUGUACGGUGACAUGGGCAACAAGAAUGCUCAGUCAUUGGGUCGCUUGCAAGUAGCCGCGCAGGGAGGAGAAUACGAUGCCAUCUUACACGUUGGGGACUAUGCCUAUGACUUUGACAGUGACAACGGUAUGGUUGGGGAUGAGUUUAUGCGCCAAAUUGAGUCUGUUGCAGCCUACGUGCCAUACAUGACGGCAGUUGGAAACCAUGAAAAUGCCUAUAAUUUUUCCCACUACAAGAAUCGGUUCACAAUGCCAUCCUAUGACAGCAACCAGAAUCUGUGGUAUAGCUGGAAUAUUGGACCUGUUCAUUUCGUGAUAUUUUCAACAGAGGUGUAUUUCUUCACAGACGAUUCAAAGCAGACAAAAGUCAACCAGUUGAAGUGGCUUGAAGAAGAUCUCAAGGAAGCAAAUGAUCCAAAGAACAGAACAGAACACCCGUGGAUCAUAACCCUUGGACAUCGGCCUAUGUAUUGCUCUGACACAGACGGCGAUGACUGUACCAAACUCAGUAGCCUUGUGCGAGCAGCUUUGGAGGAUUUAUUCUAUAAGAACGGUGUUGAUAUGGAGAUCUGGGCCCACGAGCACAACUAUGAGAGACUGUGGCCAGUCUAUCAAGAAAAGGUUUACAAUGGCAGUAAAGAUGCACCAUACACAAAUCCAAAGGCACCUGUGCACAUCACCACUGGUUCGGCGGGAUGCCAAGAGCGUCAUGAUAUCUUCUCCUUGCCCAAGCCAUGGGACGCUUUCCGUGCCGAAGACUACGGGUUCACAUUGAUGCAGGUGAUCAACAAGACUCACCUAGCUUGGCAGCAAAUCUCCGAUGAUAAGCACGGGGAAGUGAUCGACAAAGUGAUGCUUAUCAAAGACAAACAUGGACCAGAAGCCUGGUUGUAAUCUUGGCAGAGGACGAUCACGAAUGAGCAGCUGUAAUUAAGGAAACUGGGGAAAAAAUUACUAUUGGGGUUUGUUUAGCUGCCAACGUCAGCUUUUUUAUUGUUAUAACACUGUUUUUCACCUCAAUCGGACAUUCCAUUGACAAGUUAUGGCUGUUUAAAGUGCACAUUUAUCGACAUGCCAAGAAAGUAAUACUGAGAAAAAGGCCUUUUAAGGUUUCGAGAUUUGUAGUUGUGGAAAUGAAAGAUGCCAAAUGUUUUCUUUAAAAUGUGUGUAGUAGACAUAUCAAAUAGCUCCAAGGAGCCCCUUCGUAAUGAAAUUUUAUUGACAAAGUUAAGUUUUUUAAAUAUAUUUUUGAAUAUGCAAGUAUAAUUUUUUUUUUUGCAAUAGCUAUGUAUAUGAUACCUAAGAUGCUGCUUACUGAAGAUGAUAAUGUUAUGAGGCUUUUAAAAUCACAAAAAUUUGUAAACGUAUUAAAAUUUAUAAAAAUAUUUCACAAUUUUUUUUUCUUUUUACAAUGCACACAGAAAUUGGCAAUGUGUUAAAUGAAUGUUUUAUUCUAUGCAAAUAAUUAUACAAGAUUUUGUUUUUGAAAAGAUCACACUAAAGAAUUAUUUGAAAUAUAUAUGUUUAUAUAUUGGUUACUUUUAAACUUACUUUCUAAUCUACAAACAUUUCUACAGCUCAAAUAAAGAGCUUUUUGCAUAUCUGAAUAAGCUCACAAAAUAUUAAUAUUGCAUAAAAAAAAAAUUAAAUUUAAUGCCUCAAUUCUAUGCACCGUAGACAUUAAGAUGAAAGUAACUAGUUAAAAAUGUGGUUAGAUAUGUAACUCGAUUCCUUUUGACUGUCUGGUUAACAAGUUUCACAACUUGAACUACCGGGGAUCAUUUGUAAUUGAAAGUACCCAGAGAAGUACCUCACGAUUUCAUGACAGAAACCUUGCUCAAGUGAAGACAGGACCGGUGUCAAACACCUGUGAAAUUGUUCCACCUGAAAUGGUAUUUUGUGUGAGUUAGGCUAGCAACUGAAUCAAUUGAAGAGAACAAAAAAAUUUGUGCACACAUAUUCUCUGAUUUCUCAAAAUGUCUAGUGUUCCAUGAGCUGAAACUUCGACAGGUUAGUUCUUUGGACACUUCAGAUUUUGACCAAUUUUGUGGCUUCAAAUGAAAAAAAAUU